AUGUGUCCUUCUGCAGCUGGGUACCCUGAUUUUUAUGCUGAGCAAGCAAAUGCACUGAAUAAUUAUGGAAAACCAUUUGCUAGUCCAUUUUCAGAGACAUACAAUCCAAAUUGGAGGAACCAUCCUAAUUUCUCAUGGAGGCAAAGUCAGCCUCCCACAAAUGUAGGUGGACAACAAGUGCAUCAACAAAGUCAAUUUCGUCCACCUACUCAAGCAUAUCCUCCCAUUCCUCAAUCAACACCUCAGUUUGUAACACCACCAAGACAACAACCAUCUUUGGAGGAGUCUCUCAAAACUUUCAUGCAGUCAACUAGCCAAGCCAUUCAAGAGAUGAAAAGUUCCACCCAUUUGAAUACUCAAGCUAUUUCAAAGUUGGAAAAUCAAGUUGGCCAGUUAGCAACCCAAGUUGGAGAAAGGGAAAAAGGAAAGUUUCCUAGUCAACCUAUACCUAACCCAAAAGGACAGUAUGCCAUCAAUGGUUCUUCUAGUUCUACUCAUGGACAAGAACAUGUUCAGUCUAUUACUACCCUUAGGUCUGGUAAGCAAGUUGAUAAUCAAGUGAAAAUGCCAGAAGUGGAGGAUGAUGAAAAUAUUAUGUUAAAGGAAAAAGGAACUCAUAGUUCACAUGAUGAUCAUAGAGAAAAGAAGGACAACCCACCCGCCACUCCAAUUCAGGAUCUUAAUUCCCCCCUUGAUAAGAGGUUUGUUCCUAAAGCUUCAUUUCCUCAAAGGUUAAUCAGUCCUCAGAAAAGUGCACAAUUUGGAGACAUUUUAGAGGUCUUUAAGCAGGUGCAAAUAAACAUUCCAUUUCUUGAUGCAAUUCAGCAAGUUCCUGCUUAUGCCAAAUUUCUAAAAGAUCUUGUGACAAUGAAGAGAAAGACAAAUGUCCCUAAAAAGGCAUUUUUGACCGAGCAAGUCAGUUCAAUCAUUCAGAAUAAAUAUCCAGUGAAAUGUAAGGACCCUGGAUCUCCUACAAUUUCAUGUAGGAUUGGGGAUCAUCUCAUUGAGCGAGCUUUGCUAGAUUUGGGGGCAAGUGUGAACUUAUUGCCAUAUUCAGUAUACUUACAGCUAGGUUUGGGGGAUUUAAAACCAACAACCAUGACACUUCAAUUAGCUGAUAGGUCUGUGAAAAUCCCUAGAGGUCGCCCUUUCUUAGCCACAUCCAAUGCUUUGAUCAAUUGUCGGAGUGGUGUGAUGAAGAUUUCUUUUGGGAAUAUGACUGUUGAGCUUAAUAUUUUUGACAUAAGUAAGCAAGUACUAGACAAUGAGGAUAUAUGUGAGGUUAACAUGAUUGGGAGCCUAGUCCAUGAUACUUUCCUACAAUCAAGUUGUGAGGAUCCCCCAAAUGCUUGCUUAACCCGUUUUGAUUGUAAUUUGGAUACUGAAAAAUCAAUUGAGGAGGUCAAUGCAUUGUUGGAUUCUAUUCCUCUCUUAAGUAUUGAUAGCUGGCAGCCAAAAGUGAUCCCUCUUCCACUUUCUUCAUCCCUAUUCCCAUCUAUUGUAGAACCACCAAAGUUGGGUGAAUUUUGGGAACACCAAUUGAUAAGUAUACUUCAAGAGUAUAAGGAAGCUAUAGGUUGGAAAAUUGCUGAUAUUAAGGGUAUUAGUGCUUCUGUGGUUAUGCAAAGAAUUCACUUGGAAGACACUGCAAAAGCUUCUCAACAUGUUUUUGACCCAGGACUCUUUAGGGCAAAAUUCAGGGAGGCUGAGGCUGAGGCAGAGGCAGAGGCUAGUGCUAAGGCUGAGGGCUGA